AUGGAAUGUUGUUGUCGGGCGGGUCACCCGGAACUAGGGCUUGCCAUAUUCAGCCGUCUUCUCAGGACGGGGCUCAAGACAAACGAGAUAGUCGGCAGCACCUUCCUCAAGUGCCUCUCCUACGCAAAACGGACGGAUGAGGCUCUGAACGUGUUGCUUCAUAGGAUGCCCGAGCUCGGCUGUGUGCCUAAUGCCUUCUCAUACUCCAUUGUUCUGAAGAGCUUAUGCGACAAUAGCAUGAGUCAGCGGGCGCUCGACCUGCUCCAGAGGAUGGCGAAAGAAGGAGGUGGCUGCUUCCUUAAUGUGGUGACAUAUAGCACGGUCAUCCAUGGCUUCUUUAAGGAAGGUGAAAUAGGCAAGGCAUGCAGUCUGUUCCAUGAAAUGAUGCAGCAAGGUGUUGUGCCCAAUGUGUGGACGUAUAACUCGAUUAUUGAUGCAUUGUGCAAGGCCAGAGCAAUGGACAAGGCAGAGCUAGUCCUUCGUCAGAUGGUUGCUAAAGGUGCUCAACCCGAUACAGUGACAUAUAAUUGCUUGAUCAAUGGAUAUGCCACAUCUGGGCGGUUGAAAGAGGCUGCUAAAAUGUUCAGAGAAAUGAAAAGACGGGGUCUUACACCAAAUAUUGUUACCUGCGGCUCGUUAAUGACUUCCCUUUGCAAGCAUGGAAGAAGCAAAGAAGCUAGAGAAAUAUUUGAUUCCAUGACUUCCAAAGGCCACAGAGCUAAUGUCGUCUCAUACUCUAUUUUGCUUCAUGGGUAUGCCAAUGAAGGAUGCUUUGCUGAUAUGAUUUAUCUCUUUAAUUCAAUGAAAAGCAACGGUAUUGCAGCCGACUGCCGUGUUUUCAACAUAUUAAUUAAUGGAUAUGCUAAACGUGGAAUGAUGGAUGAAGCUGUGCUGAUAUUUACUGAAAUGCGGGAAAAAGGAGUGAGUCCUGAUGUAGUCACCUAUACCACUGUAAUAGCCGCACUUUCCAGAAUGGGUAGGUUGACCGAUGCUGUGGACAAAUUCGAUGAGAUGAUUGCAAUGGGAGUACAGCCAAGCAUACCUGUUUAUCAGUCCCUGAUUCAGGGUUUUUGCAUCGAUGGUGAUUUGGUUAAAGCCAAGGAGCUGGUUUCUGAAAUGAUGAACAAAGGUAUUCCUUGUCCUAACAUUGUGUUCUUCAAUUCAGUAAUAAACAGUCUGUGCAAAGAAGGAAGGAUUAUGGAUGCACAUGAUAUCUUUGACUUGGUUAUAGACAUAGGUGAGAGGCCUGAUACCAUUACAUUUAGUUCACUGAUUGACGGAUAUUGCUUAGUCGGCAAGAUGGAUAAAGCAUUCGGAAUGCUUAAUGCCAUGGAAUCAGUUGGUCGUUACACUGAUAUUGUUACUUACAGUACACUGCUUGAUGGCUAUUUUAAAAAUGGAAGGAUAGACGAUGGUUUGACUCUGUUCAGAGAAAUGCCGCGAAAGAGAAUUAAACCUGACACUGUUACAUAUGGCAUCAUACUGGAUGGGUUGUUUCGUUCUGGGAGAACUGUUGCUGCAUGGAAAAUGUUCCAUGAGAUGAUCGAAAGUGGAACAACAGUGACCUUUUCCAUAUACGCUAUAAUACUUGGAGGUUUUUGUAGAAAUAAUUGCGCAGACGAAGCUAUCACCCUGUUCAACAAAUUAGGUGCAAUGAAUGUGAAGUUCAAUAUUGCAAUAGUCAAUACCAUGAUCAAUGCAAUGUACAAGGUUGGGAGAAGAGAAGAAGCUAAGGAACUAUUUGCUGGAAUAUUAGCCUGUGGGUUGGUGCCUAAUGAAUCUACUUACGGAGUAAUGAUAAAAAAUCUUCUAAAAGAUGGAGCAGUGGAAGAUGCUAACAAUGUGUUUUCAUCAAUGGACAAGAGUGGUAUAGUCCCCAGCUCCCGUCUCAUCAAUGACAUCAUCAGAUUGUUGUUGGAAAAAGGUGAGAUCGCCAAGGCCGGAUAUUAUUUGUCUAAAGUUGAUGGGAAGAGCAUAUCACUUGAAGCUUCAACUACUUCAUUGAUGUUUUCUCUCUUCUCAAGGAAAGGCAAAUAUAAGGAGCACAUGAAAUUGCUCCCUGCCAAGUAUCAAUUUUUUGAUGAGUUGGUUGACUAG